UUAUGUCGAACCGCUUUUCGUUAUUUUUACGCUCAGGAGGUGCGGCAAAAAGAAAAACAAAAAGUAAAAUAGCGUAUUCGUAAAGCUAGCCGGCUUUCAUGCUAUUGCUUGGGCGCGAAACCUACACACGAAUAAUAUAUGUAGUUGCUUGAGUGCAGAUCUUCGUUUGUAAAGUCAAUGUGAAAAUUAUGAGGUCGCGGCGGCGCAAGGCCGGCCUCGCUUCGGUUCCGAAGCCACGUGUCUCUCCACCUGGUCGCCGAAGUUUCUACCACGCGGUCGCGGUUCACUAUGUGUCGUUGGCCGUUGGCUUUUUCGUGUCGUGUGUGACCGGUGUCUUGGUCGUUCCCUCCAAGGAAGACAAUGCUGGUGUGAACCAAAUCGCGACACCGGUGGUCAUUCCGAGCGUCGCGACGCCAGCGGAAGUGGCGAGCGAGGAUGUUGAGGGUGGGAAAAAGAAGGGACCCGGCGACAGUGCGGUUGGCGAAGACCGAAGCGUCAGAGGUGUUGAAGGUGCACCAGAGGCACCACCUGCUGAUGUAACCACGCCAACAACCGCCGCGAGUACGCGCAGCGGUGGGGUGGAACAAAUUGACCGCCUGGGUGAGGCCACAUCCGCAGAUGCAAGGAACAAGGAGGCGCUCGGAUCCACUUCUUCAACGCGAGCAGGUGGUGGUCCGCUGCAGCAAAUUUCCGGGAGCGGAACAGCCGGGGGUGCUUCGUACAGCACUGGAGCGUCGCACGGGCAGAACGUGAACAGCAACAAACCCCGGCCAGCCAUCGCAGAGUUCAAGUCAACGCUGCCGCUGCCGCCGCACAUCGCCUUCAAGUAUCCGCCGCGGAUCGAGGACGUGUUGGAUGAAGAGGUGAAUUCCUUUGCCGGAGCCGCGUCCAAAUUUCAGGACGGGGACAUUUUGAGCAGCGCAGCCCCCGGUGCUGCUUCCUCGGCGGGCAGCGCGCCCGGCGGGGCCUUGUCCGGUGCCAGGUCGUUGCAGAAUGCGUACCCGACCGCCCAGGAGUUGGCCGACAUCCAGAAUCCCCACCUCUUUCGCGACGCGACAGGCUCGGCUUCCUCCCCGGGCGGAAGCGGUGCGGCUCGUACGGAAACCGUGCUGUCCACCCCCGUGCAGCCCGCCAAGCUCGGGCCGGCAACGGAGCGCAGAAUUUUGGAGCAAGCGAUCGCGCGGAACGGGGUGCUCUUUGAGCCGCGGGACCAGGUGGCGCCGAAGGUGCCGCAGAGCGCGGUGUUCGAGCGGAGCCUCGUGAAGAUCCCGGACCAAAUCGGCAGCGCGCGGGCCGGUGCGGCCGCACUGGGCUCGCCCGCGGAGGUGGCCGGAAAUUUCGCGCGCGAGUGGGCGCAGAAGGCCGACCUGCAGGAUUUACCGACGCUGUCCAUCGCGCCCGCGGACCAGUAUCCGCUCCUGGACGCGGCGGACCCGCAACUGGCCGCGGCGAAAGCCGCCCAGGACGAGCGGGUGUGGGGCGAGCAGGCAGACCGGAGUGCCGACGCUACGGGCGAAGACCUGCAGGACGACAGCACCACACCGGGCGAGGAGGGCAGCACGACCACAUCCGCGGCAACAGGCGGUCCGCCCACCGGACCCGGCGCCGCUGUGCCGUCCGCCACGGUGUGGGAUACGCAGAAGUUGGGAAAGUGGGUGGACAACUUUGCGGAGCGGGCGGUGGCGCUGACCACGAAGGCCAUCACGCCGAAAAUAACGCAGAACGUAGAGCAGGUCGUACGGGCCGAGCUGGUAUGAAAGCGAAAAUUGCGUGGUGCUCUUUUGCUUGCAAGUACUGAGUAUUGAUACAUAGCUGAGAUAACUGUCACCUGAGUAAAAAUUUCGCAACAAAAUAUGCUGCGAAUUUGCUCCGCGAAUGUGCUGGUCCAUCCAGCAUCAGCAUUUCAUCCCGGAACAAGCGCAAUAUCAAUGUGCACGGGCGAGAUGAAAUAAAGUAGAAAGUUAGUACCUACGACCGCGUGCCGCCUCGGCAUAGCUUCCCAUCCAUGCGCAAGAAAAGAUGCAUGUUGCCGCCGCCGAGGACGCACGAUCUCCAAUUUUUAGCUCUCAUAGCUGGCGAAGGCGUUUCCGCCGCCCGCCGUAGCACCGGUUCCCACGCCGGGCAGUGGCCAGGGUUCCUCGUCCGGCUCCUUUGGGUCUAGCGGUAGCGCGGCAGCCAAUGCCAACAUGUCCGUGGCUAGUGCGUUUUCUGGCUCCGGAAGCCGCGGGACCGGGUCGUACCCCGUAAUAUCGGGUAGCAGCACCGGAAGGCUUCCGAUCAAAGAGGAGGGCACUGAAAUUCAGCCGAGCACCCCAGCGGUUCCGGGAAGCAAAGGUAGUGUCGUCAUUAACGACGCCCCGACGGUUGUGGUGCAACGGGUUGUGCAGUCGACGCCCCCGGAAAACAAAAUCGACAUAUUGGCGUACAAAGACCUCUAUCCGGUGGGUAGCAAGUAGGGAAAAUGUAUGCUACCAAGAAUGCCUGGGCAUCAGUUGUUGCGCCACGACUACUUUUUCUUUUCCAGUAGACCGGAAGGAUUGCUUUCUGUGAAAGUUAGACUAUAGUUGUGACAGAUUUGUUUCUCGUUUCGAGGUCAGAAGUUCUGUUUUCAGCCAACAAGCACACUAAGAUCGAGAAGAAAAACAAUGGCAGUGGCUGGUUUCACU